AUGGCCCUCUCUCAACUUUUGGAUUGUAUGCUUUGCGGCUUACGAAAGCAAGAAUCAACAAAGGAGACUAUCCCAGUAUCUCGUGUACAUUAUGAUAUUGGAAUUGACGGAAAGAAACCAACAUCUCUGGGUUCUCAAGGAUCAAUCAGUUCGGCAUCACAAUACACAGCUAGAGCCACCCCUAUAGUCCUUGAAACGAAAGAAGUAAAACUCGUCCCAAGAACAAACCGAGCAUUUGUCGUCGCCUCAAAAGGAACAUAUGGAUUUCAAGAUGACCCAUUCCCAGAAAUGGAACACGACCAAGAAAUUAUCAUCUCAAACCGCGCCACAGGCUUAAACCCAAUCGACUACAAAUCCGUCGACUAUAAUUUCUGUCUCCCCUCCUUCCCCUGGAUAACCGGUCGCGAAAUGGCCGGAGUAGUAGAAGCAGUCGGCUCAGGUGUAAAAGACAUCAAAGUAGGCGAUCACGUCUGGACCAGCACAUACUACCGCGACCGUCGCGCCGGCACUUUCCAACACUUCGUCACCGUCCCAGCGCACACCGUCCUUCCUCUCCCUACCAACACCACCUUCACAUCAGCAGCCUGUCUGGGCGUCGCCGGUCUCACCGCAGCAAUGACUCUCUGGCGCUGGCUCGGCGUCGCACUCCCUUCCCUCCCGCCUGCCCCUCAAGACACCGCCGAAACGCUCCUUAUCUGGGGCGGCUCGACUAUCACCGGCCAAUUCGCUAUCCAAAUCGCGAAAUGCUCCGGUCUGAGAGUCAUCGCUGUUACGUCCGCCAAAACCGCACCCUUAGCACGAAGUCUCGGCGCGGAAGUCGUGAUCAGAGAUGGCAAAAGUAACGCUGAGAUUGUUGCGGAGAUCCAAGCGCUUUCGGGGAAUAUCACCAAAGCGAUUGAUCUCGUAGGCACCAAAACCGCGCCCUUCACCAUGCAAACUCUCUCCCCGAGCUCCCCCGGACGCAAGAUCUUUGCGCCCCUCGCGAUGAUGAGUUCGAAGGAUACACCGCCGGAGCAUGUGGAUGUUGUUACGGUGGAGAUGAAACAGUUUGUGCUUGAUGAGUCGUGUAGGGGGUAUGCGGAACGGCUUAAUGGGUUGGUUGAGGGCGGGUGGGUGAGGUUGCCGGCGAUUGAGGUUGUGGACGGGGGGUUGGGAGCUGUUGAGGGGGGAUUGGAGAGGUUGAAGACGGGGGAGAUGGGGGGUGUGAAGUUGGUUGUUAGAUUUUAA